AUGUCAGGCUUCGAGGUUGCCGGUAUCGUGCUUGGUAGCAUACCUAUAGUGGUAUCUGCACUACAAUGCUACAUGAACGGUCUCGGCACCCUGCAGAAUUUCCGAUCCUACAAACGAAUCCUCAAGAGCCUCAUCUUGACUCUCAAGACUGAACAUGCCAAUCUCCAAAACAUAUACGAGAAGCUCUUGACAGGAAUUGCUCCACAAACGCGCAUUGAGGAAAUGAUUCGAGAUCCAUUUGGACAUCUUUGGAGGGAAGAAGAGAUCUUCAAUAAGCUACGCUUGAGGCUCUGGUCAUCGUUGCAAGUAUUCGAUGAUCGCGUGCAAGACAUGAGGGAAGCUAUCGAGGAGAUGAUGGAGAAGCUCAACAUCGGUACAGACGGAAAGACAGAUUGGACGGACAGCUCUUCGAUAAAGAAGCAGUUCAGGCGAGCGACAUUUAUCCUUCAGAAGUCCAACCAUGAGGAAGCCCUUACGAGAAUACGCGACGGUGUCUCUGCUCUUCAAAGGCUAGCCGUUCUGAACACGGAUCUAGAGUCACAGAGAAAGUCUCGAUCCCAGGGAAGACUCAACAAAUUAGUCAAUGGGAUGCUGAGCGGUAUUUAUCAUGCAUUGCGAUCAACAAUGACUUGCAAAUGCUCUGACUUACAUGACGUUGGCCUCAGACUUACGCCGCCGUCACGGACUGUUAUUCCCGAGGAUGACGAUGAGGAUAUUAUUAAGGAGUUGCAGUUCCGUCUUGCUGUUUCGUACCUGAUGGCUUCGCAAGCGGAUACUUCGAAGCAAUGGAAUGAAAUUCUCCUGAAGAACGGAGAAGACUUGAAGACUUCAACGGUUUCUUUCACGGCACAAAAAACAGCCACUUUGAGGAAGACAGUCGGCUUUGCUGUCCCAUCAACUACCUGUUCGACAAACAGCCAGCAAUCACAAACAGUCGUCAUCGAAUCGGCCUUAUCAAACCUCACACUCAAUACGCUCAGGACGAUGUCUGACCUCACUUGUUCUAAACAAAUCAGCAAUCUCUGUGAAGCAAUGCAAACGAUGGGAAAGAAGAAACAAGGCGAGAGAUGUGGACAUAUUCAGCACUGCCACAUGAACCAAACUCAGAAAUAUGAUGUUUACACACUGGAGUGCCUGGGCAGUUGUGACGAAUGGUCUCUGGUGCCGCUAAAGCAAGUCCUUCAAGAUCCAGCGCUGCUUUACGGUGAUAAGCUACGCCUGGCUUGGAUGAUUGCCUGUGGUGUCUUACAGAUGCAGGGUACGCCUUGGGUUGCGGACAUUCCAAGAAGUGAGGACAUCUUCAUUGCCCAAAAGGGUGGUGUUCAUCAAUUUCAGCAUGUUUUUGUCCUCAGACACUUCCCAGAAUAUCCCAGAGUCAACGCAUCAGUAUCACCAACCAACCCGUUCAUGCUCUAUCUCGGAAUCCUACUCAUCGAGCUCAUACUUGGCCAGUCAAUAGCAACUCUGGAUUCACCCCAGACUCAAACAUUAGAGCCUGGCUUACCGAGACAUAUCCUUGACUACGAAGCUGCCAAUAAGCUUUUGGGGAGAGUCAUGAUGAUUGGUGGCUCUGGAUAUUACAAUGCGGUUGAGCGAUGUCUACGAUCGGAUAUGCAAAUCGGUACGUCUGGGAACUCAUGCUGUUUUCAAGGGGAUGUGAUUUCUGGAGUUCUUGAUCCUCUUGAGCAGGAUUUACGAAGAUUGGUUGCAUGA